CACUCCCUGCGUCAUUUGUCUUUUCUCGAUUUUGAGUCGCUUCCUUUUUUGUGACGCUUAGCAGUAACGCCAUUUUCCCUUUAUUUAGUGUGGUAUAACAAUAGUGUCCGCUCGUUGUCUCAAAAGCAUGAGUGACAUCGACGAGAAGGACCGCUCUAGGGAACGUUCUAGGAGGGACCGCCCGAGCCGUUUCUCCGAAGGUAGCCGGGACCGCAGCUACGACAGGGGCAGGGAGCGCGGCAGCAUGAAGUCCUCCAGCAACCGAGUGUAUGUAUCUAACAUUCCUUACGAGUAUCGUUGGCAGGAUAUGAAAGAUUUGUUUCGCAAUCAAGUGGGUGACGUACAGUUUGUCGAGUUGUUUGUCGAUGACAACGAUAAGCCUAAGGGUAGCGGUAUCGUUGAGUUUUCUGAUCCUGCUUCAGUAAAGAAAUGCAUGGAGAUCAUGCAGAGGUAUGAGGUUAAGGGCCGUAAGCUGGUCAUAAAGGAGGACGUCGGCAAUAUGAGGGAUAAGCACGGGGGCAUCAUCGGCGGCAAGCGCUCCAGGGACAACGAUAGGUACCGCGACGAUCAUCACCGCGACCAGAUGGGUGGUAGUAAUUUGUCCAUACGGCAGGACGACGUCAAGUGGGGCAACACUUACGGUCUCAGUCCGCAUUUUCUCGAGUCCUUGAAUGUCGACGCCCCUCUCGUUAAUAAGGUCUUUAUUGCCAACUUGGAAUAUAAUAUUGACAAGAAAAAGUUAAAGGAAGUGUUUAGGUUGGCUGGUAAAGUUGUAAGGGUCGAUAUCCCCGUCGAUAAGGAUGGUCGCAGCAGGGGCUUUGCCGUGGUCGAGUUCGAUCAUCCAGUAGAGGCCGUCCAGGCCAUCUCCAUGUUCCACAACCAAGUCUUGUUCGAUCGACCCAUGACCGUCAGAAUGGAUCGCGCUAAUGAGACCUUUAAGUUACCCGAGGGUCUCAAGUCCGUCGGUAUGGGCUUGGGUCACAAUGGGGAACCCCUGAGAAACGUGGCACACAAUCUCCCGUCUCUAGCGAGCAGCCAGCAGGGGGUCGGGGCAGGCAUCUUGGGGGCCGUCCCUAACAAUUCCCUGCAGCUGGCGAGUGCCCUUUCCGGUCUGGGCAAUGUCGGCGCUCUGAACAAUCUCACUAAUCAGCAGAUGUUGCAAGCCGCGAAUUUGACCGGCCUUGCCUCUAAUCUUUUGGGAAACGGUUUGGGGGGUGCUGAUUUGUCAUCGUUAGUCGCCUCGGCACAGAACCCCCUUGUUCAAAAUCAGGCGACACAACAGCAAUUUGCCGCUUUGGCCGCGCAGGGUUCUAGUUCGAACAUGCCGUCUGGCAACUCGAACAGUAUGUCGUCAUAUGGAAGAGGCGGCGGCGGCGACGCAUCCUACGGCAACCAGGGCUCAAACUUUGGGUCUCAGGGACAGAAUCAGGGUUAUAACGCGGGCAAUCUCAUGGGCAACAGAGGGUUCCAAACACCGACCAAUUCGUCAAGUGGAUUCGGAGGUAGCGGUGGUGGCGGGUUUAGUAACGACCGUACGCCUUUCGGAAACGGCGGGAACAACAUGUUGAGGUCUCAGUCGGAUCGGGGCUCGGACAAGGGUUUUUCGAGAAAGGUUUUAGUUAGUAAUUUACCUCCCACGGCCAGCUACAAAAUGUUGCACGAGAAAUUCACCGAGUACGGCGAUGUCGUCUCUUUCGAAGAAAAGUCGCCCGGUUCUGUUCUCGUGGGUUACGGUUCUGACUGGCAGGCCGAGAGGGCCAUCAAAAACUUGGACAGAGCCAGGAUAGACGGUAGAAUGAUCGAUGCCAGGUUAUAUUACUAAGUUACUCUUGUGGACGUUUAAUUUAAUUUUUCUUAUUAGGGCAUAAAAAUACGAUUUUUAAUUUGAAUGACAAAUGAAUGUGCAUCUUCAGUAUAGAUUGAAUAUAUGGUUUUAUUAUGUUGUGUAUGAGAUGUAGAAAAUUGUCUCUAAUUUCCGACGAUUUAAAAUAAAGGAUUUAUAAUUAAA